AUGGAAAACGAUCAGACUUCUUCAUCUGGUCUGAAUUUAUCAGCGGAGUCCACUUUGCUUGUAAAAACUCUGCUGGAAAAACACCACAGAGCGAAGAAACAGGACGAUACAAACACCGAGAUGCGGAACACUAACUGGGUCACUGGCGAAAACUUCACCGUGGAAGUGGGGAAGAUGCAGAUUGAGGAGUACAUUCAGACAUGGGAGUUGCAGCCCUGCUGGCUCCACAGCUUGGUCUUCCUCUGCUCCGUCGAUGAGGAGCAUCAUACUUUCCACCUGUACCGGGCCCGUUUCAGCACCCCGACCCCGCGGAAGCCAAUUCAAGGGACGGCGAGUGUGUACUUCGCCGUGGAUAAAGUCAAACCACACACCCUGCCCGUGGAGGUGUACUAUAUAGUGGAGUCCAACAGGCUGAUGCAUGCAGCUGGGAGGACGAGGUUCAGAGAGAAGUGGCUGGCGGACGUGAUUGAGAGCAAGUCUUUGCUCCAGAGAGAAAUGGACCUUUGGACCAAUGAAGUGGCACCAGAGACAAGCUAA